UCAAAGUUCUGCCUAUUUUAUUAUGAUCAGAAACCAGUUGUUCUAAGCCAACCAAAAAAAAAAAAGAAAAAAAGAAUUCUAUUUUUUGGCCACCGUUGGAUCAUCACCGUUGGAUCAUCAUGAUGAAUAUAUAUAUAUAUAUAUAUGUGUGUGUAUAUAUAUAUAUAUAUAGAGAGAGAGAGAGAGAGGAAGGAGUCUGAAGAAGAAGUUUAAUUGGGAGGCAAGUAAUAAAGGGGGACAUUUCAUAUAGAGAGUCCGUCAUAUGGGGGCAAAUGCAAAGCAAGCAUUAGAAAGAAAGUAAAAGAAAGCCGAGUGUCAGUUUUUGGCGUGCAUAACUGAGCAAGGUGCCAUUGGUUUUGGUGGGCAUUCUUGAACGACAAUGGCGGUGUAAGAUUAGUGAGGGUUUUCAAACUUCAACGGUUGGAAAAAAAAAAGAGAGAAACCAUCAAUUUAAAAAGGGAUGAGUGGUCGGCAAGGAAGUUUUUGAUUUAGUUCUUGAUCAAGUUCAGUAGUGGGAGAGUUUUUGUUCUUGGAGAGGUUAGAGUAGUAGCAGCAGCAGAUCUUUGGCCUUUUUUCCAAGAUGAAGUUUAUGAAACUCGGAUCGAAGCCGGACUCUUUCCAGACUGAUGGGAAAAAUGUCAGGUAUGUGGCAAGUGAGUUGGCCUCAGACAUCACCGUAAUUGUAGGAGAUGUGAAAUUUUAUCUACAUAAGUUUCCACUUCUAUCGAAGAGUGCCCACUUGCAGAAAUUGGUCUCAACCGCCACUGAUGAACACAGUGACGGAGUCUACAUUUCUGACAUUCCUGGUGGCCCUGAAGCCUUUGAGAUCUGUGUCAAGUUUUGUUAUGGCAUGACUGUCACCCUCAAUGCCCACAACGUCGUUGUGGUGCGAUGCGCUGCUGAAUACUUGGGAAUGCACGAGACAAUUGAGAAAGGGAAUCUCAUUUACAAGAUAGAUGUCUUCCUUAGCUCGAGCAUUUUCCGCAGCUGGAAGGAUUCAAUCAUCGUUCUCGAGACCACAAAUUCUCUCACAUCAAUGCCCAAGGAACUGAAGUUGGUCGGUCGCUGUGUCGAGUCUAUAGCUACCAAGGCCUGCGUUGAUGUUUCCAAAGUUGACUGGUCAUAUUCCUAUUACCGGAAAAAGCUCCCAGAGGAAAAUGGUAAUAAUGAUCCAAACUGGAAUGGCGUCGUAAAGCGUUCUGUGCCAAAGGAUUGGUGGGUUGAGGAUUUAUGUGAGCUUGAAAUCGAUCUAUACAAGAUUGUUCUUGCUACUAUAAAAUCCAAAGCAAUAGUAUCUAAUGAAGUCAUUGGAGAAGCCUUGAAAGCUUAUGCUUACAGAAGGCUGCCUGGUUUUAGCAAGGGUAUGAUCCAGUGUGGAGAUAUGGUGAAACACCAGACAACAGUAGAUGCAAUUGUUUGGCUGUUGCCUGCGGAGAAAGGCAGUGUCUCUUGUAGUUUCCUGCUAAGAUUGUUGAAAGCAGCCAAUCUCGUGGGCUCUUGUGAUGUGGUUAAGGAAGAACUUGUGAAAAGAAUUGGGCAGCAAUUGGAGGAGGCUUCUGUGAAUGAUAUCUUGAUAAGAGCAGCAGAAGAGGAAACUAUGAUGUAUGAUGUUAACGUUGUGCAGAGAAUAGUGGAGGUGUUCUUAAGGCAAGAUCUGAAUACUGAGAUCGAAUCGCUUGAAGAUGAUGAUCAGCUUCAAAAGAUGAGGCCUGGGAUUCUAUCUGAUGCUUCCAAGUUGAUGGUGGCCAAGCUGAUUGAUGGAUAUCUCGCUGAAAUCGCGAAGGAUCCAAAUCUACCCUUAUCAAAGUUUGUUGAUCUUGCUGAGAUGGUGUCUGGCAUCUCUCGGCCUGCCCAUGAUGGGAUAUAUCGCGCCAUUGACAUGUAUCUUAAGGAACACCCGGGAAUCAGCAAGAGUGAAAGGAAAAGGAUAUGCAAACUGAUGGACUGCAGAAAGCUAUCGGUAGAUGCCUGCAUGCACGCUGUGCAAAACGAGAGGCUCCCAUUGCGGGUUGUUGUGCAAGUUCUCUUUUUCGAGCAGGUGAGAGCCGCUGCAACGUCAGGCAGCAGCACUCCUGACUUACCUAAAAGCAUAAAGGACUUAAACAAUGCGUCUCAUGGGAGCUCAAGGUCGGCGACAACAAACACAGAGGAAGACUGGGACGCGGUAGCAACAGCCGAGGAGCUCAGGGCCCUGAGGGGGGAGCUAGCUUCCUUAAGGUUAAGCAAUGGAGUGGGCGGAAGUGAAAGGAAUGGUGGAGAUGGUGCUAAAAGUGGUGUGGACAAGGCUGCUAUUAGUAAAAUGAGAGGGCUACUCAAGUCCAAGAAGAUCUUUACCAAGCUGUGGUCAAGCAAAGGGGGACAGGGUGAGAACAGUGGCUCCGAUUCAUCAGAGAGUCUCGGUUCCCUCAACCCGGAAGAAGCAAAAUCCACACCGUCCCGAAAUAGGAGGCAUUCGGUGUCGUAGUUGAAUUACCAGACAGAAGAUAGGUCUUGGUCCCUUCUUUUCUCUUUUGGAGUUUUCUCCUCUGUUUAUGACACUAGCAACUUAAAACUAUGGAUGUCUUCUUAUUAAGCAAGAAAUGAAAGUACAUAUAAUUUGAA